UGGACUUGUGCAUUAUUUGAAGCACGUAGAAUAAAUUUGAAAUAUAUAUUUAAAGAUUCAUGAUGUAUGAGCGAUAUUUAUAAUAAAGAAUAUGUGAAAUGAUGAAGAUUAUAAGAAAUCGUCUUAUAAUUGCGAUUUGGAUUUUAGAUAUAGUUCACUAUCUAAUUUGUAUGGAUUUACUAUCGUUGACUAGUUUUAAUAUUAUAUAGUGUUAAACAAUAGAGCCGUCAAUGGCGAAAUCAACAUAAAUCAACAUCGUAAACCUUCUACAAUUUAAAAUUCAGUGAGGAUGGAUAAUUCUACAGGGCUAAAUGUUACUGCUAACGAUCUUGAUAUGGCGAACGAUGAAAUGGCUGUUAUUUUACAACCAGUAAUAGCAAUUGUCUGUAUUUAUAUGGUUGUAGGUGUAUUAGGAAAUCCUUUAGUUAUAUAUUAUUAUGGAUUCUCUGUUAAACCGUCUCCAUCCUACAAUUUCAUCGUCCUCGUAGCAGUGUUUGAUCUUAUAAUAUGUUGUAUUUGCAUACCAUUGGAAAUUGUAGAUAUGAUGUUCAGUUAUAAAUUUCCAAGUGCAAUUGGAUGUAAAAUUUUCCGAUUCGUAAACUACUUUUCUAGUGUUGGUACUGGUUUGGUGCUAAUUGCGAUAGCUGUUGAUAGAUAUCGUAAGGUUUGUCAGCCAUUUAAAACGCAAAUUACUAUGAAAAUGGCAAAAAUAGUCAUACUUCUUGUGUGUUUUGCCUCGGUUUGUAUCUCUUGGCCGGGUUUUGUAUUUUACGACAUACAUGCCGUAAACAUUUCGUCUUUUCCCGGAUUAAUUGGAUAUGAUUGCACUACAAUACGAGAAAAGCAAUACAAAUUGUAUAUAUUAAUUUUCAAUGGGGUAUGUUUUCUCAUUUUCCUUGUUAGUAUUAUAACGCUCACAGUACUUUAUAUUCUUGUUGGAAAGAAACUUUGCCAUCUGAAAAGAUUUCGAUUUUCGACUACAACUCAGAAAUCAUCUAAGAAUAUCGAAACCCCGCCGACUAGUUCAAGUGAGAUACAUAGCCAUAGUGGAAGGUUUAAACAUGACAUUAAACCAACUCAAAAACCUAUACAACUAUUGCAGAUAAUCAAGACUAAAGAUGCAAACUAUAAUGCUUCGGUAUAUAGUCAAGGAAAACGACAAACACAUGUGUCUUCUCCUGAAAGGACUCUGAAUUCAAACAACAUAACGCCAUUAUUAACGGGAAAAGACAAUACUAUCCUCUCAACUUUGAAUAGCACAAGUACAAAAGUAGAAAAUUCGCCUACUAAUUUACAGCCUAAAACACUGAACAUUAUGUCUGAUUUCACGGAUUCUGACUCUGACACCAGAAAUUCAAAAUAUGAGUCUAGAAAUAUCAGACAGAGAAGCCUGGUACAAAGGAAAAAGAAAGUUCGAGAUCAGUAUAUACAUUUAAAGAAAUACACGUUAUUAAUGUUUUCAGUCAGUUUGGCAUUCAUUUUGAGUUUUCUCCCUUACCUUGCCUUGAUGACUUGGCGUACACUUGUGCCACAACAUGAAGGAAACCUGAUGACAAAAGACCAACUUGUUGCAUAUAACAUAUUUCUACGAUCCUGGAUUAUUAGUAGUGUGGUGAAUCCUUUGAUAUACGGAUUUUUCAAUGCUGAUUUCAGUUCAUUUGUCUUUGGUGGUUUGCAAAGAUGUAUUUUUUGCGGAAAUAAGCAAAAAUACGAAACUAAUUCAAAACAAGAAUCGUCACGUACAACUUGAUUAUAAAAAAAAAUUUAAUAUUAAAAC